AUGGCCGAAUUCGUGCGUGCCCAGAUUUUCGGGACGACCUUUGAGAUUACGAGCAGGUACACCGACCUGCAGCCUGUGGGGAUGGGCGCAUUCGGGCUUGUUUGCUCGGCAAAGGACCAGCUCACAGGCCAGGCCGUGGCUAUCAAGAAGAUCAUGAAGCCUUUCAGUACUCCCGUGCUGUCCAAGCGCACAUACCGGGAGCUGAAGCUGCUCAAACACUUGAAGCAUGAGAAUGUCAUCAGCCUGAGCGAUAUCUUCAUUUCUCCGCUCGAGGACAUCUACUUCGUCACUGAACUCCUUGGAACCGAUCUCCACCGCCUGCUCACGUCGCGCCCGCUGGAGAAGCAGUUCAUCCAAUACUUUCUUUAUCAGAUCCUGCGCGGACUGAAAUAUGUCCACUCGGCCGGUGUCGUACAUCGCGACCUGAAGCCUAGCAACAUUCUCGUCAACGAGAACUGCGAUUUGAAGAUCUGUGAUUUUGGACUGGCGCGCAUACAGGAUCCCCAGAUGACGGGCUACGUCUCGACGAGGUACUACAGGGCGCCCGAGAUCAUGCUCACCUGGCAGAAGUAUGAUGUCGAAGUGGAUAUCUGGAGUGCAGGCUGCAUCUUUGCAGAGAUGCUGGAGGGCAAGCCGCUCUUCCCCGGAAAGGACCAUGUCAACCAAUUCUCCAUCAUCACGGAGCUCCUGGGUACCCCUCCUGACGAUGUCAUCCAGACCAUCUGCAGCGAGAACACGUUACGAUUCGUCCAAUCUUUGCCCAAGCGCGAGCGACAGCCUUUGGCCAACAAGUUCACCAACGCAGAGCCGGCUGCCAUCGACCUCCUGGAGAAGAUGCUGGUCUUUGACCCCAAGAAGCGCGUACGAGCGGAAGAGGCGCUUGCCCACGAGUACCUCGCCCCAUAUCAUGACCCGACCGACGAGCCUGUCGCAGAAACCAAGUUUGACUGGUCGUUCAACGAUGCAGAUCUCCCUGUCGAUUCCUGGAAGAUUAUGAUGUACUCGGAGAUACUCGACUACCAUAACGUGGACGCAGCGCCGCCGGAGGCCGAAGAGAACGGUGGCUCAUAG